UACUCAAUCAUCUCAACCGAAAAACGGUGCGCUGGUCCUGUGCUUGCUACCUCCCUCGCUGAUAUCCAGCUCACUGAGAUGCAAGGCAUACGCCUCGGGCUUUUGGGUUGGACGCAUCCCGCACGCACGCACGUACACUGUAGACGCCACCGGCUAGACGACGGCGCUCCCGGCCAGAGCGGCGCGCCUUUACACAUAUGCUUUCCCCGCGCUCACCGUCGCCUCACGGUGCCAUGCAUGCCACAUUGACACUGCUGCUCCGACACAAGCACCCCGACACGGGCUACGCAGGUAGCGACACCGCCGCGAUCCACCGCCACCGCCACCGCCGCGCCGGCUCCGGCAUGGCGCGCUCCCUCCUCGGAGACGCGGUACUCUUCUGCGCCGGCGCCACGGUCGCCACGGUGCUUCUGCUCACGCUCGCCUCGCCCUUCUCCCCGCCACCAGCCGCGCACGUUGCGGACGAACCGUCGCCGUCGUCCUCCGCUCGUGGCGGUGGCCGCACCUUCUACGACGACCCGGAGGUGACGUACACCAUGGACCGCCCCAUCACGCGCUGGGACCAGAAGCGGGCCGAGUGGCUCCGCGCGCACCCGGAGCUGGCCAACGCCGACGAGCGCGUCCUGAUGGUCUCCGGCUCACAGCCCACCCCGUGCCGCGCGCCGGCGGGGGACCACCUCCUCACGCGCCUGCUCAAGAACAAGGCGGACUACUGCCGCCUCAACGGCCUGCAGCUGCUCUACAACACGGCGCUGCUCCGGCCCUCCAUGGACCGGUACUGGGCCAAGAUCCCGCUGGUGCGCGCCGCCAUGGUGGCGCACCCGGACGCGGAGUGGGUGUGGUGGGUGGACUCGGACGCCGUGCUCACCGACAUGGACUUCCGCCUCCCGCUGCCCCGCUACGCCGGGCGGAACCUCGUGGUCCACGGCUGGCCCAGCCUCGUGUACGGAUCCGGUCACGAUCGGCCGCCGACGUGGACGGGGCUCAACGCCGGCGUGUUCCUCAUCCGCAACUGCCAGUGGUCGCUCGACUUCAUGGCCGCCUGGGCCGCCAUGGGGCCCGACUCGCCGGACUACCAGCGCUGGGGCGCCGUCCUCACGGCCACCUUCAAGGACAAGGUGUUCAACGAGUCGGACGACCAGUCGGCGCUCGUCUACAUGCUCAUGCACAACGACAGCCCGUGGCGGGACAAGGUGUUCCUCGAGGACAGCUUCUACUUCGAAGGCUACUGGCUGGAGAUCGUGCCGCGGCUCGGCAACAUCACCGCGCGGUACGAGGAGAUGGAGCGGCGGGCGCCGGAGCUUCGGAGAGGGCACGCCGUGCGGGAGCACGCGGAGCGAGCGGCGGCGAGGAACGCGGCGCUCGAGGCCGCCGGGCUCGGGCGGAGCGGGGUGGAAGGCUGGAGGCGGCCCUUCAUCACGCACUUCACGGGCUGCCAGCCCUGCAGCGGCGACCGGAACCGGGACUACGCCGGGGACAGCUGCGACGACGGCAUGCGCCGCGCGCUCAACUUCGCCGACGACCAGGUGCUCAGGAGCUACGGGUUCCGGCACGCCGACCCGCUCAGCGACGACGUCCGGCCGCUGCCGUUCGAUUACCCCGCGGCGGCUGCCAGGCAGUAACGACUGACUGACGACCAGGCGCCGAGCCGUCAACUUACUUUUAGCAGCGUGCAGUGUAUUUUCAUAGGGCGGGUUCUGAACUUGAGCCGCCAUUACAGUUGUAUGAAUUUUUCUCAACUAUUACAGUAUUAUAAACUUGAGCGUA